AUGCUCAACAAGACGAAGAGUCCAGCGCUCCAGCAGUGCCCGCAGAAGCGCGGAGUCUGCGUCCGGGUCUUCACGCAGACGCCGAAGAAGCCAAAUUCGGCCUUGCGCAAGGUGGCGCGUGUGCGUCUGACCAAUGGUAUCGAGGUUACGAGCUACAUCCCUGGGGAGGGCCACAACCUGCAGGAGCACUCGCUGGUGCUGAUUCGCGGCGGGCGUGUGAAGGAUCUCCCCGGCGUGCGCUACCACGUCAUACGGGGACGCUGGACGCCGUUGGUGUGCAGGGGCGCAAGCAGUCGCGCUCGAAGACGGACGGGAGACGAUCCGCUCAAGGUGUUCAAGAAGGCAAUCGACAACACGAAGCCGAGCCUUGAAGUGAAGUCGCGCCGCGUGGGCGGCUCGAACUACCAGGUGCCGGUGGAAGUGAAUCAGAAUCGCCGCUUGUCGCUCAGCAUCCGCUGGUUGACCUCGUCGGCGCGCAAGCGGGGCGACGGCAAGACGAUGUGCGACAAGUUGGCGAACGAGUUGAUCGACGCCUCCAAUCUGCGAGGCGGAUCGGUCAAGAAGCGCGAAGACACCCACCGCAUGGCGGAGGCCAAUAAAGCCUUCGCUCAUUACCGGUGGUAG